AAUAUCCAAACCAAUAUAAAGAAAAACUUCUGGACCAUAUUGAUUCUGGAAAGAUACAUACAAUGGCUGCGUCCUUGGCCUCUCUUUCCUCCUUUGCUAAAGCCAGAACAGCAUGGUCACCGUUCAACCGCCAUGGCAGCCACCGCCUUCCUCCUCCGCAACUCGUACCUCUCGCGUCCUCUAUGGAAAAAUAUAUCAGGAAGAGCUUCUUGCGGAGACGACGAAGGUGUCUCAAGAAUAUUUCUGCCCUUGAGACCUCUGACGGCGCCGUUGACGUGGAGGUCGACGACGAUGACGAUGACGAAGAAGAAGCGUGUGAGCUGGUUAACGGAACAGAAGUGUCAGUCGACGGCGUUGAAGGUUAUCUUUUAACGGCGGUAAAGAACAAUAACGGAACUGGAUUGCUUCUACUAUCUAAUGUCUUUGGCUUUCAAGAUUCAGCCACACGCGACUUCGCUUACCGUGUUGCUUGCAAUGGCUACAAUGUUCUUGUCCCGGACUUGUUCCGUGGAGAUCCAUGGUCGAAAAACCGACCAAAGUCUGAAUACGAGGAAUGGAGAAGAAAACAAGACCCGGAACGUAUCAGACAAGACACAACUAGCUUCACGAAAUGGAUGGUUGAGGAAUUCGCAGCAGCUGGCAUCUCCAAGAAGCUAGGAGUGAUGGGGUUCUGUUUCGGCGGUGGGCGUGUAGUUGACGUAUUAGCCACGGAUGAGAACGAUUACUUCAGCACCGGUGUCUCGUUCUACGGUACGAGAAUAGACUCCGCGGUGGCCGGAGAUGUGAAAGUUCCAGUCUUGUUUAUAUCCGGUGACAGAGACCCGCUUUGUGAAGUGAAGGGUUUGUACGAAAUUAAGGAGAAGAUUGGUGAAAGGUCAAAGGUUGUUGUGUAUGAAGGAAGAGGUCACGGCUUUGUCCACCGGCCCGAGACGGCGGAAGAUGAUCGAGACGCGGAGGAAGCGUUUGCCCUCAUGAGGAAUUGGUUACAUCAUCAUUUGAUUUAAAUUACAUGGUUUUCUCUGCUCUUUUGUACAUCCAAGUUACAAUUAAACUCGGAUUCUAGUAUAUAAAAGGUUAAUUAAUAAGAUAACUAAUGAGGAGAUUUUCUAGAAAA